GGCCAGGCCAGCUUCCCAGAGCGAGCCUCUGGCCACGCUGUCUCGGCCUCUUCCACCAUCAGCUCCUCUGGCUUCCUCUCGUGGAACCAGCCUCGCGACGGCUCGGCCCCUGUUAGCAACCGAGUUCCAGGACCCAAACAUGAAAGUGUAAACAUCUGAUGACCGGAAACAUAUUGCAAGACAAAGGAACAAAUUGAAACCAGUGAGUUGAACUUGACUCACUGUACACUCUUGCUUCUUAGAGGUCAGAGAUAGAAACAUAACCAAUGGCUUUCUUCCUGACUCUUCAGACAUUAUUUCUAUUGGUGCUUAUACAUCUUAGCACAUGCAGAAGUGAAGGAUUAUCUGAGUAUUUACAAUAUCCUCCUGAAUCUGUUAAUGUUUCAAUACACUCUAAUGAACAGUGCUUGCAUAUAGAAUGGGCUGUUCCCCUACCUGCGUAUAUGUUGAAUUUAAAAAUGACUUUCCAAAUAGACAUCAGACGAUCUGCAAACUCCGACCCUGUUGAGGAUAAAAAUUAUACCACAACUUUGAAGCCUAAUGAAACUCUGCAGUGGUGUUGGCAUUCAAUGCUCCCUUUACAAUGUAUCUCUCAUUCUGUAAGAAUCAGAAGUAUGAUAGAUGAUGAAAGAUUCCCAGAAUCUAGGAAUUGGAGCUCCUGGAGCAAAUGGGAAGAAUCACAGGGACAGGACUCUUCGGGCCAACUUCUCAUUUUCCCUUCUUCUAUUAUAUAUGCUGAAGAAGAUUCCAAUGUCACCUUUUGCUGCAUUUCCAGGACAGAUAAUGACAAUAUGACAAUUUAUUUUGAAGGCAAAAUUAUGCAAGGAAUAAAAUUAAGCCCCCGUGUGACAAUGUUUGAAGUAAAUAAUAUUCCUUUUAUUAGGACAACAGGAUCAAAUGCUGUUUGUGAGCUGAACCCUUCCGGUGAUUUUGUGGGUACUGUCCUAUAUAUAGGAGGAGUCCUUGAGGAGCCCAAGAAUUUUUCUUGUGAAACUCGGGAUUUACAGACUUUGAACUGUACUUGGGAUCCAGGAAGAGACACAUUAUUGCCGGAACGUCUUCCAAACAAUUACACUUUAUUUGAAUGGUAUUCCAAGAAAAAGAUUGUCUGCAAUCACAGAAACUGGUGUAUUUGGCAACUAGCUCCAGAAGUGCAAGAAAAGUAUAACUUCACACUGAUGGCUGAAAAUAAACUAAGAAAGAGAAGAACGAGCAUUUCUUUUAAUGUGACCCAGCAAGUUCAACCAAAGCAUGCACGCAAAAUAUCUGUUGAAAAUAUAAGUGCCACAGAGGCAACAUUGACAUGGCAAAUGAUUCCUGUUCAAAAAAAGAUUAGCUUUUUGUGUCAGAUUGAAGUCUAUCAUGAUGGAAAAGUAAUACAGUACAAUACUUCCAACUCUGAAUUCACUUUGAGAGAAUUACAGCCUUAUAUGGGAUAUUCAACUCAAGUACGCUGCUGCACAGCCAACCACUUUUGGAAAUGGAGUGAAUGGAGCAGCAAAAACUUCACCACCAAGGAAGCUGCCCCCUCAGGGUCUCUCGACAUCUGGAGAAAUGUACAACCAGUUUUAGAAGGAUAUAAUGUGAAACUAUUCUGGAGGCCGCUACCAACAUUUCAAGCUAAUGGAAAAAUCUUAAAUUAUAGCAUAGUUAUGGAAGCAUUGGGGAAAGUGCCUAAGGUGGAUAUCUCCUUUUCUGAGUCACCCAGCACAGAAAAAAUAAUUGACCAACAACCCUAUAAGAUCAGCAUUAAAGCCAUCAAUAGUGCUGGGUCUUCUACCCCUUCAGUCAUUGUGGUGUCUGGAGAUACUGAAAACAGAAGCAUAAAAGAAGAUAGAGUUAAUGGCACAGUGGAUGGAAUAGAUCUAUCCUGGAAACCUGACCCAAGAGGAGUUGAAGGCUAUGUUGUGGAUUGGCGUAACCCUCCCCAUGAUUCAAUCGGUGGCUUCCAGUGGAAGAAAUUCAGUCCCAAUACCACCAAUGCAGUCAUCAAAUCUGCUGCUUUUCAGCCUGGAGUGAGAUAUAACUUCAGAAUUUAUGGAUUGUCUGCAAAUCAUGAAGCUUAUUUACUAGAGAAAAAAACAGGAUAUACUCGGGAGUUGGCACUUGAUUGCAAACCAGUGGUGGCUGUGAACAACUUGGCUUCUACUUCAUUGACCUUGAUGUGGACGGAUAAUUGCGCUAAUGAGCCCCAGUAUGGCUUCUUUAAAGGGUACCACAUUUAUAUGAAACCUGAAGCAGGGUCCUGUGACCUAGAUGCAGAAAAAGAAGUUUUUUCAGAUAAUUUAGAGGUCUGUAAAUACACAGUAACAAAUACAGAACAGAAGACUUUCAAUGUGAUGAAACUGCAGCCAAAUUCAACAUAUACCUUUGAAGUCAAAGCAUUCACGGGUGGUGGAGACAGCCUUGGCCACAUUUUAAGGGUCUCAACAGUAGCCGUUGAAAACACCAAUUUACUGAUGACUAUACUGUUUCCAUUGGCCUUCAUUUCUCUGCUGCUCAUCAUUGGGUUAAACAUGAAAAUCCAUUGGGUGAAGGAAAAGUGCUUCCCUGAUAUUCCAGACCCUUAUAAGAGUAGUGUCCUCUCACUGUUGAAAUUCAAGGGCAGUAUUCAUCAGGCCAUACUGAAUACCAAUGACUGUAUUCCGGAUGCCAUCGAGGUCAUAAACAGACCAGAAAUAAGUAAAACACAGGGAUCGAGUACUCUUGUAGGGAAUGAGAUCAGCAAGCCUGCCUAUCUUUACCUCCUUCCAACAGGAAAAGAUGCUUUGGACCCUCAAUCCUGCAUCUGUUUUGAGAACUUCACAUACUGUCAGGCAGCAUCUGACAUAGGUAGUCACAUUCAGAUGAUACCCACAGACCCAAUAAGGUCUGUGGAGCCCCCUGAGCAUUUGCUAAAAGUAGAAAAGGACUACAUGGGAUCACUGGGCAACAUCCCUGCUGAAGAAGAUGCCAGUUUGAAUUAUGUAGCCCAGCUGGCCCCAACCAUGUCUGGAGACAAAGGCUAUUCUUCACCUAAUCUUCCUGAGGCAACACACUGCUCAGAGUAUAAAAUGCAAAUGGUGAUCUCUACAGACUUGACUCUAUCCCUUCCCCUAGAAGGUGAAAGACCCAUCUCAGAUGCUUCUUUAGAUUGACUUGAAAGCAUGUACUAAUCAGUACACAAGUCUCAUACCUUCAUGCUCCAUGACACUUAGGGUUCCAUAUCCUUAGUGCUUCUGGUCUGAAGGUGCGUUGUUUGUAACACAUCUGGUAUCAUCCCUCAGUCAGGCACAAGAGACUUGGGACUUCAUGUCUAAGGAAUCCCACAAGACCUUGGAAGUCCUUUGGAGUUUCGUGGCCAGAGGACAUUUUGCCCAUUCUGCUGUCAACAUUGGGGAGAAAAAAACCUGGCCUUAGAAACACUGGCCAAGGGAACUCAUUUACUAUGCUGCCCCUUCAUGAUGAAACUCGUUUUCUGAUAGGCACUUUAUAUUUCUCUCAAUUUUUUUUUAGAUAGCUUGGGACCUUCCAAUUCUGUGUCUGAGAGAAAUUGUUUCCACUGAGUCCUGCUUCUACACUUCAUUUUGUUGUUGUUUGUCCUUCAUAUUCCAAGAAGACAAUGUAGGGAUCAGAGUGUGGUAUUUGGCUGUGGCUGAUCGGUUUCAAUAUGAGUUCAGAAGGCACUUCCACAGAUUGGGCACAAGCGGUCAUUAGAAACUUAAGGCGGAGGUGGUUCUGGAUUUAACAGUUCAUUUAGUACUUUAGAGAGAAAAGAAUUAUACUUGGAUGCUCAUUUUAGCAGUUGAAUCCCAAGGUAGUACUUUUCAGCAAAUAUAGCUUGUUCUUGAGCAUUUAUUCUAUCGAGGUACUAUGGGAACAGGUCCUGAGGGGGACUGACAUGUUGGAACAUGUAUUGGAGAUCUGAAGAUGGUGAAGUGACUUCGUGUGCACCUAAACCUCAGAGUGAAAACUAAAGUGACUGUAACAAGCAGCAAAACCAUGAACGAACACUUUUUAUGACUAAAAGCCCUUGCACUUUCUUUCAGUGACUUGGUUUUAAUUUUUUUCUACUCUGAGGUUUUUUCUCCUUUCUUUAAAAAUCCCAUUCACCAGCAAUAGCUAUUCUUUUUCCAUCAAGAAUAUCACCUCUGAGGGACUUAUGAGAAAGAACGCUCUCCACAUCCAGAGAAAGAACUGUGGGAGCAGAAACCCAGAAGAAAAACAUGAUCAAUCACAUGGUUUGUUGGGGAUAUGACUGGGGUUUUGAUGUUGAAAGAUUGCUCUAUUGCAAAUAUCAAUAGCAUGGAAAUAGGCUUUGGACAAUGAUACAUGUAUAACCCAGGGAAUUGCUUGUCAGCUCUUGGAGGCAGGAGGGAAGAGGAAGGGAUGGGAAAAUCAUGAAUCAUGGAACCAUGGAAAAAUAUUCUAAAUUUUUUCAAAAAAAAUUAUCAUCUCUGAUAAUCUCUCUUAUUUUAUUUAUGGUGGAGAACAUUUUGCAAAUUCCUCUGUUUAGCCUGAACAAAAGCUGUCCUUAAAAAGAAUGCCAAAGGCAAAAAAACAACACUGAUUGAUUUUAGUACCCUAAGAAAGGAACCUAAAAUACCAGGUUUAAUGAAACAAAUUUUAAGUAUUAAGUUUAAGAAUAUUAAAAACAUGCACUGUAAAAAUGAUAUAUAACAGUAGAGGUAUUUUUAAUGGGCUGAGUUAGUGCUCAGCCCAUUAUAUUCUAUUUCCACAUCAUCUCUCCUAUUCAUCCCCUUUACUUCUAUCUAUGAGGCCAUUAACUGGUUCCUGUUUCAGGCCCUCCUAUCUUAUCUAGACAAUUGGUAUAAUCUGCUAAUUGGUUUAUUUGCUUCUAAUCUUUCUUCUCCUAAAUCCCUCCUUUUUGUCACCAAAAUAAUAUUUGCAUGGUCAAGGUCUGAACAUGUCAUUCUCUUCCUCAAAAAAUCUUCAGUGGCUCCCUAAUUGUCUCUAGGAGAAACUAUAAACUCGGGUUUACUACUUAAAGCACUUUCCAAGUGGAUUCCAGUUUAUGUUGUCAGAUAUUUCACAUCGAUCACCUUCCCAGUCUCUGUUCCAAGCUAAAAUCCACUUGCCUCCAUAUAUUUGUAAAGGCUGCUUCCCACUUCGAGGAAUGUAUACCCUCCUCACUUCUACUUUAGUUUAUUUUUAAAUUAAAUUAAAAUUUUAUUUUCAAAGAUCAGCUUUCUCUGCCUCCCACUCCCCUCACCUCUUCUCCACUCUGAAAAAACAAGAAAAACAAAACUUCUAUAACAAAAAUGGGUUGUCAAGCAAAACAAAAUUUCUCUCUGUCCAUGUCUAAAAAAGAAUGGCUGCACCCUGAGUCCAUCAGCUUUCUAUCUGGAGGUGGGCAACAUGUUUCAUCAUGGAUCCUCAGGAAUUGUGGUUGGCCAUUGUGAUCAGAGGUCACAAGAUUUCUCCAUACACACACAUAUAUAUACAUACAUGCAUACAUACACAUGUAGGUAUAUUUAUAUAAUCAGCCAAGAUCUGUGCAAUUCCUGUCCCCACAUUAAGAAUACAAUAAACCCACAAAAAUCCAAUACAGACAUAUAUAGUCAAUCAUAAAUUUCUACAUUGGCCAUGUCAAAAAAUAUUUCUUAUUCUUCAUUCUGAAUCGUAUGCCUUUGUAUCAGGAGGUACAUAGUAUGUUCCAUCAUUAAUUGAAUGAAAUACUGGUUGGUCAUUUUGUUGAUAAAAAUUCAGCACGAUAGAACUGUCUCUUUUAAGAUCAUAACUUGUUUCAUCCAUUCCCCCAGAUUAUGGACUGCUCAGAUUCCUAUUCUUUGCCACCUUAUAAAGGGCUAUAAUGAUUUCUAUAUAUCCUUAGAAUUUGUUUUGCUUAGGACUAAUCACUCAGUCUGUUCUCCCUCAAAUUCUCACACUCUGCUUUUCUUUCCCUUCGAUUGCCUCAUUGAGUGAAAUGAAAUGCAUGUGUCAAAAUAUCUGUAUAUUCUUCCUUCUUUUGGCUAGUUCAGAGUAUUCAAGUGACAGCUGCUUCCCACAUCCUUCCACACCUCUCCUUUCUUGGUAUGUGAGAUAAUUUGCUCUUUCCUUCCUUCCCUCUCUCCCCGAGUUUAUUCCUCUCCUUUUCUCUUUUUAUUCAUAAGAUCAAGACUUAACAGAACCAUUCCCAGACCUUGUCUAAUUGGAUUUUCUUUAGAGUUCACAGAGGAUCAUCAUGGAUGAUUCCUCAUAUCCAAAUGUAUGUAGUUUAUCCUUACUAGUCUUUUAUCAUUGUACAUUCAUGUUUACAUUUUUAUGUUUCUCAUCAGGAAUGCUUGGAAGUCCUUUAUUUCAUUGAAAAUAUAUUUUCUGGUUUCUUGCAUUAUUUUUUUCCUUUAACCUAGAAGUUCUGAAUAUUGGCUAUGAUGGUCCUGGGUGUUUUAAUUUUGAGGUUUCCUUCAGGAGAAGACAGGUGGAUUCUUCCUACUUCUACUUUGCCUUCGGGUUCUACGAGAUGUAGGCAGUUUUCUGUUAAGAUUUCUUGAAGUAGGACAUCUAAGCUCUUUGGUCAGGACAUUCAUAUUCCAGUGAUUCUUAAUUUUUUUUCCCAUUGAUGUUUUCCAGGACAUUUUUUUUAAUGACUUAAAUUUUCUUCUAUUUUGGGGAACUUUUGGCUUUGUUUUACUAUUUCUUGUUUCCUCAUUAAGUCAUUGGCUUCUGUUUGUUCCAUUUGAAUUUUUAUGGAGUUUGUUGUUUGGGAAAGGUUCUGUAACUCCUGCUGAACUGUCAAUUCUCUUUCUGAUUUUUACUUCCAUAGUUCUCAUUUUUUCCUAAUUUUUUUUCUUUAAGCAUACUCAUUGCAUCUAUAAAAGGAUUGUUUUUCAUAAUCCUUUCUUUCCCAUUAAUUCUAGUUGAAUCUGUGUCCAAGGUGUAUUUUUCUGUGAAGCAUUGAUUGCUUAAGAGUGUUUGGGAGUCAUUCUUUUCUUUAUGUCUUUAAUGUCCCUGUUACCAAAACAUCUCAUAUAGGUAGGGUUCUUUUUUUUUUUUUAUUCCUUUAGCCUACUUUCUGAUUUCAGACGAUGUUAGAGUUGGACUUGGCCACACUUCUAAAGGGAGGCUGGUUCUGUUGCUUUCUUGGGAAUACUGACUGAUGUGUUAUUCCAAGAUUUUAGAAACAGGUUAGUGAUCUGCAAAGUUUCAGUGCUCCUCAAGUGGUCUGAUUUCAGGCAAAGUUUGAUCACCAACAUAUUAGAUCUGAGUUCUGCAAGUUUUAACCUGGGUUGGGGUCCUUAUAAAAACCAAGGGGUUGUCCAUCAAUAGAGGAAUGGAUAAACAAGUUGUGGCAUAUGUUUGUAAUAGAUUAUGCCAUAAGAAAUGAACAGGAUUUCAGAAAAAUCUGGAAAUAAUUAUGCGGUAAAAUGGGUAAAAUCAAAACAGCAAUGUAUACAGUAGCAGAAAUACUGUAUGAUGAUCAACUAUGAAGAACUUAAACUGUCAGCAACUCCAAGGGACACAUGAUGAAAAAUGCUAUUCACAGUAUAGAAGAAACUGGAGUCUAAAUGCAGAUCGAAGCAGUUUUUCCUUAUUUCCUUCAUGAUUUUUUCCCCUUGUUAUAUGUGGCAUAUCUUCUUUCAUGACAUAGGAAAUAUAGAAAUAUGUAUUGCAUGAUAGCACUGUCAUAACGAAUAUUUACCAUCUUGGGGAGGGGAGAAGGGAAAGAGGUAGGGAAUUUGGAUCACAAAAUGUCAGAAAACAAAUAUUGAAAAGUGUUUCUACGUGUAAUUAAAAAAACAAACAAAAAAGAAUAGACCUGUUGUUUUUUUAAAAAGUAAAUUGAUAUAUUCUGCUCAUUAGACAGCUGGAAAGCUUUGUUGGCUCGAUGCAGCAGAAUUGUACGCUUCCCUUGGCCUGGGAUUUCUGCCCUUGUUAUUCACUGCAGCCUGGGCUAGACACUACAGGUGAGAUCUGGCUUUGUGCUUUUUGUCUGAGCCACAUGACUGGUACUGUUGCCUUUUUAGAUAUCUUUCUUUAGGUUCCUCCUUUCUUUAGACUAGCUUGUAUUUUCUUACAUGUAGGUAUUGAAAUCACUCCUUGCGAGCAAAUUUAUUUUUAAAUCUCUGUAGAACCUUGCACACAUUAUUUUAAUAAAUGUUUGAAUGUUUGA